UGAAGCAGCUGUAUCAGAAGCUAAAAUAACUCAGAGGCAGAGACACUUAAGGAAUAAUGGAAAAACCAACGGAAAGAAAGAAGCAAUGACAAAAAAGGCAAAGUGAAGCAAAAAAUAAAUUCAGGAAGAGUGUGACCUGGACCAGGACUGACCCACCACAGGAUCAGCACAGAGAAAGACGGAACGACUAUGGACUAUGAACCAAAGAAAUCCAAGAAGGCUUUUGUCUCUCCCAUUAAGCGACUGGUCUGGUCCAAAUCUGGUCGUAGACAAGUUGAUCGAGGAAACAUUUAUCGCCGCCCGCUGCACACCGUCCCCCUCUACCCACCCGACUACCUCAUACACCCCGAGAGACUCAUCUUUGACUAUGUGGAGAAGGAGGUCAAGUUCCUUGGUCACCUGACAUGGGUCUCAGUUUCACUGAACCCCUCCAGUCGAGAUGAGCUGCUACAGCUACUGGACACAGCCAGGCAGCUGAAGGUUCUGCCGCUGAAGACCAGCGUGGACCAGGACUGUAUCCUGAGCCUGUCUGCUCGCUGUCUGCUGCUCACCUGGAGAGACAACGAGAAGCUGCUGAUGAGAAUCCCCACACAUGAGAUCGCUGCUGCCUCCUACCUGAGAGAUGAUGCACUGCACCUCCUGGUCCUCAAGACAGGUCUAAAUGUGGACACUGUGGUUGCUGGGGAUGACAGCCUGGACAGGAAAAAGCCAACUGGCAUCGACGGGCGACGUCAGACCAUGAGCUGCAAUGCUGACCCCCGACCUGCCGGGGGUACGAUGGAGAGGCGACACACCAUCUGUGGAGUUGACUGGAGGCCAUCACUGUCCAGGAGUAACCAUGAUAAAAAUCAGAAUGUGGAGCGAGGAGGGGGUGGUGGAGGAAGUGGGGAGAAGGGAGGUGGAGGGAGUUUAGAGAGGAAGAGAGUCGGAGGGAGCUGGGAGAGGAGGCAGCCAACAUGUAAAACAGGAGGGAGCUGGGAGAACCGCAGGGCAAGACCCAUGAGCGGGAACUGGGGCGUCGGAGUAGGUGGAGGUGGUGGUGGGAGCUGGGAGAGGAGGCACGGAGGAGGGGGUGGAGGUGGUGGUGGAGGAGGGAGCUGGGAGAGAAGGGGAGGGACUGGUGGAGGGAGCUGGGAACGGAGGCAAGCGUGCACGGGGAGCUGGGAAAGGGGGAAGAGCUACGGCAGCUGGGAGAGGAGAAACCACAACCCACUGGAGCCUACGCCCUGCCCCGACGCCUACUGCAACCUGGUCAUCCUGGCUGUGGAGAACAGGGAUGCUGCAGAGGAGUACUGUUCCCUCAUCUGUCAGAUGUUCCAGAUCAUUUACGGCCACCAGACCAUCGAAUGUGUUGACAGGGCGGGCUUUCACUACACCAUGCCGGACCGCUAUUGGCUGCAAGGGAGUGACAGCUGUCUGACGGACAUGUCUUACAGUUAUGAUCCAGAGUUUAGCUGCUGCAGCUCAUAUGAUGGUUCCCAAGAUGCCUUCGAUCUCUACUACAGCGAGACAUACAGCGAGAGUUCAUCCAUCUCUCUGCAGGACUCCCAUCGUAGUCUGGCAUCAGUCAGUGAUGCAGGAGACAGUAACCCUGGCCUGCUGCUCAUGCAGGAGUACAUGAUCACUCUGCGUAACAAGCUGGCUCCAGUGGAGCUGCAGAAGUUUGCGGUGUUGCUGAGAGAAUACAGACUGGGAUCAAACAUUGACUACUUCUGCUCUGAGUUGCUGCAACUGUAUGGAGACAACCGCAAGUUCCUGCUGCUGGGGAUGCGUCCAUUUAUCCCAGACAAGGAUGUCGGCGCAUUUGAGAGUUUCCUGGAAAGCAUUGGGAUUCGGGAGGGUGGGAUUUUAACCGAUAGCUUUGGACGUAUCAAACGCAGCAUGAGCAACAUGUCUGCCACCGCCGUGAGAGGCAGGUAUGAUAAUUGCUCUCUAGCCUCAGGAUCUCAGGAAUUCAACCGACGUAUCACUGACAUCACCCAUGACAUCGAAGCACUGGGUUUCCAGGACACGCACGAUGACAUUGAGGAGGAAGACUACUACCUCUGAUGGAGCGACAAACCGAAGGAAUUUAGACAGUCUUUCAACUGUGACUCCGCCCUACUGCCUCAUAGCAAGCUCGAAACAUCCACAGACUAUAAAUAUAAAUAGUCUGACAGUACCUGCCUUCUUUUAUUUUAUGUUUUCGAUUGAAAUUCAAGCUCUGAGGAAUGAAAAAAAGAGUAAACAACAUGAGAGAAAUGCACAGUUUGUUAACUGAAAUCCUUAAUUCAGAAUAAGAAACUCAACAAUUAAUUAUUUUAUUAUUAUUUUUCCUUUAAAUUAUGUUUGGCACUAAUGUGUUUUCAACCAAUGGAGUGUGCUUCCUUGCAAAACAAUGCACGUAGCCACUGUCUGAUUUUGAAAUUUUCAUUUGAAGCACAAGUGACACAUAUUUCAAUAAAAGAGUCAAGUACAAGUACAAGUACAUUAUAUUACGACAUAAUCACAGAGAUUAAAGGUGUGAGCAUA